AUGGGAGAAAGUCUUCCAGAUGAAGAUGUAGUGCCAAUAAGUUUUGGGCCUGACCAAAUUGUAAAAGUUUUUAUUGAUUACAAUUCUAUCCCAGAACAUGUAACUGAUCCACGCUUUGCUAUUGUUGAUAACCCAGAAGAUGCUGACGCCUUGUUUGUGAAACAGAGUUGGAAACAAUUUGCCGGCCUUGAAAAGCUGAUCAACCAGUUUCCAAAUGAAUGUGUCAUCACAUUCAAAGAUUUAAUUGCCGUUGUUGGCCAUUGGUCUGACCCCGAUCGUGUAGAUGAGGAAAACUUUGAACAUGGUCCAGCAUGGUUACCUGUCACAUACAACAUCAACACGGAACUGCCAAAAUUUAUAUCCUAUUUCCAGCAGAGAGAAAAAAGGAAUCUUAAUAACACAUGGAUCUGCAAACCCUGGAACUUGGCUCGGGCUCUAGACACUCACAUAACAGAUCAGUUAUCAUAUAUUAUCCGUCUCCGAGAAUCUGGACCCAAGAUUGCUUGCAAAUAUAUUGAAAACCCUGUACUUAUACACUUUGAUGAUGUUGGUGAUGUAAAGUUUGACAUUCGAUACAUUUUAUUGCUGUCCAGUGUGAGCCCCCUCAAGUUGUAUGCCUAUCGCAUUUUUUGGCUAAGAUUUGCAAACAAGCCUUACUCUCUGGAUAGCUUAGAUGACUAUGAAAAACAUUUUACUGUCAUGAACUAUGAAGAUGAUUUUCCACUUCGACAGGUUCAUUAUGAUGAUUUCAUCCCAAUUUUUAACAAUCAGUAUCCAGAGUUUGGCUGGGAAGAAACUGAGAAAAAGAUUUUUGCCAUGUUUCGCUCUCUUUUUCUGGCUGCCACAUCAAAGCUUUACCCCAAGUGCAUUGCUCCCUCCCCUAAUUCGAGAGCAAUGUAUGCAGCUGACCUCAUGCUAAAAUGGACCAAAGAUGAUUCUGGAAAUCGCUCAAUGCAGCCAGUUUUAUGUGAGAUCAAUUUCUGUCCUGAUUGUGACCGUGCAUGUCAGUACCAUCCCAGGUUUGCCAAUGAUGUCCUUAGUUGUCUCUUUCUGGAUGAUAUUGAAGACAGGCCCAUCACUGAAAUUUGA